AUGACCGGUGAACUCUGUUACACAACACGGUGGUUACGAACAGCAGCUGUAGAUGUAUUAAACAACUAUCACAGGGAAGCUAAUUGCUCCCAACUUGGAUGGCAGAUAGACUUACUGAGUUACAAGACGCAAUUAAUUUACAAGCUGAAAAUUUGUGCAACGCAAUCGGUGUCUGCUAAACCAGAAUACCAGGCAUUUAUCCAAGCUCAACCAACUGACGAUAUUGCUCGGAGUUUUGCUGUUGCAAUUUCCGCUACUGCAAAGCAACUGGAUGCAUUGAUUGGAGCUCUGCCUGAAGAAGAAGCCAGUGCAGAUAUUCAACGUGCUACUGUUCACAAACUUUUAGAAGCUUAUAGAUCUGAAGGAGCGAAACUUGCGCGUAUCACAACUAGACUUGAGUCAAGGUUGGCUGAAAAUCAGAGGUGUAUAGAGAAUUUUAUGGAAACUAAUCCUAAUCUGUCGUUAAACAACGACUCAAGUUAUGAGGCUCCUGAAUACAUAUAUUCAUCACCACCAUCGUCUAUUUCCUGGCUCGCCUAUCUAACUACUAUAUUCCUUUUUAUUUUAUUCUUUCGACUAUGCUUUACAUUCGGUAUCGUGGAUAGAUUACAUGCUCUUGUUAAUUUUAUUUUGGCAAUAUCCACACCAUCUGGUCGUAAACGUCGAGCACUACGUGCUAAGUGUGUUGAAGAUCUAGGAAAUUUACGAACUCAAUUGAAAAGUGUACAUAUGGUGGAUGAGUUUGCUACUUAUUCGAAACUAGAACGAAAGAUAAAACUAUUGGAACGUCAGUUGAACUCCUUGGCCCCUGAAACUCUUGUUGGAUCAACACAAAUAGUUGCGAUGAAACAUGAUCCAAUGUUUUCUUCGAACUGUAUUCCGUACCUCGUUGACAAUAAUACAAUCACUUGUGGCAGUUACUGUGGAUUAGGUUAUAAAUUAAAGUACACAUUUUUCUGACUUUCAACUAUAGUCAUUUCUAUUGAUCUGAAAUGUAGAUUUGGCUCUGUUGAUUGACAUGUUUCAUGACGGCACCUUCCACUCAAAGGCUUUGACAGAAAUUACAUAAAUAUAUUGAAAGCUCUUUAUUCGAAUACACUUAGUCAAGUUUGUGCUACUUAUAGGGAAGUGUCUUUUAAAUCGAUUACAUCAUGUGACGUUCGUCAAAACUGUCCACUUUCGCUAUUUUUAUUCUACUCAGCAUGAACACAUUUUUAGAGUUGACAAUUUUUUCAUCCAAAUUUUCACAUAUAGUUAGCUAAAAAUUUUCCCUUAUGCAAUCAUAACUAAUUUAGAAGAAAUUUAAAAGAUUGGAAUCAGCAAAACCAUGCUUACUAUAUCAGUUCAUUGACUGUCAUUGUUUCUCGUGGUUUGUAUGUUGGGUUGUUUACACUUCCUAUAACUGAUCUGCUUGAUUCUUAUCACUUACUUAUCUAGGUUUACUUCGUGUGAUUAGUUGACUCAAACAUGUUGGCAAUUACAUUUACCUUCAGGAUUAAUAAUAAAUAAGUCACACGGCAUAAAGUAGUAGUAUUAGAUAAGGUUUAUUUCAAGUAAACUUGUUCUCAAAUAAAGCGAGCAUGCAGAAUAAGGACGACUGGAUCGAGCGUAUGUGAAAAUUAAAUGAAAUUGAUCAUCAUACACGUGUAUAAAAGAUACUGUAUCUAACGCGACCAGAUCGUCAGACAAAUGUAUAUCAACAUUCGUAUGUGUAUGUACACAGGUACGACGAGCUCAUGAUUACCUAUAAGAGUAAAUGUAAAAUAACCCAAUCGUGUUUUAAUUGUACAUUUAACUGCUCGAACAAAUAAAGUGUACAGGAUAACGGGAAAGACUGAAAUGAUUGUUCUGUUCAGAAAUUAGAAUAAGGUUUCAACACUUUUAUCGGAGUAAUAUAUUUGGAAUUCUAUUUGAAUAGAGCAGAUCCGCUUAUCUUUUGGUAAAGUAUGUGGUUGACCUUGAACUACUUUCCAACCAAUAAGAAAGGUUUGUUUAGUUCUAAAACAAGUGAUAAAAAUGUAGUAAAAUUACAACUGAAUAAUGGACCUUUCAUCAAUAACUGACAUCAGUCAUAAUGAAAGACUAUUUUGUAGAUAUGAGGUUGACAACAUUUUUUUCAGCUUUCAAUAAUAACAAUGCAAUAUCUAGCAUUCUUAACCAUUUUUCUAUAUAUUUUCCGAGUAAACACUGGGAAUUUCAUUUUAAUCAUAUAAGGCUAUCUUUACAUGCCUUCUAUGAACAUACCACUGUAGCUCAUCACGACGUGCUGAAUGAAAAAGCGGAUUAAAAGUGAAAAUUAGAGCUUGGAGUGAAAUCCUCUGUAUGCCACAUUCACUCACUAAAUGAACAAAAAGCUAGGUAUCUCACAUACUAAACAUUGAAAAACAAAUGUACUGCAGUUUCACGAACUUGUAUCCUAUCUUUUUUUCAAAUUAUCAAGUUCAAAAGAUUAGUGUAGUAAAGAGUAUGCUUUAGGAACGACUCAAUCAUAAUCGAGAAUCCGAUAUCUAGUUUUCUGGACGAAAUUAAAUAUCAUGUUUAGUGAUCAAGAGAAAUGCUUUUGUACGUUGUUCAAAAUAUUUAAAAUGAUUGCUAAAAAUUAUUUCUUGCAACUAUAGAUUGAAAGUAAUAGUUCUAAAUUUAUCAAAUGCAUAAAUCUAUCUCUUUAGAUUAUAUAUAACAGGCAAAUCGACGUUAUCACUGAAUUGUAAACUUAAAUCAUUAAUUUAGUUGUAGUUUUGUUCUCUGAGAUGGAUGGUUUAAUCAUGGAGCUUUCAUUGUUCUUUUAAACAACAUCAUCAGCACAGACUUUAGCUAUGUGAUAUGUUCAAAUUUCUCUACAAAUGACUCACAUAAAAUCGAGGUUGACCUCGAGAACUUCGAACACUUCACUUCAACCUGGAGUUUGUGCUAACGGUGUUGUUCAGAAAAACAAUGAAAGCUUCACGAUCAAAACAUCCUGCUCAGAGAACAAUAACACCUAAAUCAUCCAUCUGUACUGCAAAAUUUUCCCACCAUCUUAUACCAUUGGUCAUGAAGGAAACCUUAACCACAUGGGACUAUAUUUUAUGGACGAAGUAAUCAGAUAGCAUCUCAUAUUUUUGACAAAAUUAAUUCAUCCAUAUGGCUAUAGAGAAGCUUUACAAUACGGCUGUUGUCAGUUCGUUAUGAAAUUGUAACCUAGACAUAUAAUCUCAAACCUAACCAAGAAUAGUCUGGGGACUUAAAAAUCUAUUUGGGUCAUUUUAAAGGCUCUAGAAUAUAAAUAAAUUGAUUCGUUGUUUUUGUUAUAUCUUUAGGCCGGGCUAAUUAUCACAUUAUUUACUCGUCAAUCGAAAUGCAACUUCUACAGUCUUAGUACUGUACCAAACCAAUGACGUUCGACCGGUAUGAGCAGCCUAGCGUCCUUAUUAGUCCUUUGUUCUCCUAGCUCUUCCAGUUCAGUCCAGAAUGCCAAUAACAGCUUCCACUAUGUGGAUCAUUUAUUUGUAACAUACUUAGUUUAUGUAGCAGCCAAACAGACCACAUCACACCAUAAAAUAGGAAAUAACGUUUGUACAAAAUUUAACCAAAAAGUGGCUGUGAAUAUGGGAGAUUUUAAUUAAUAAACUGAGUAUAACUUAAGAAUAGUAGAUCGUAUCAUAAUAGUCUGUAGGUCAAAAUUUAGAUAUACACAAUCUAGUUACUUAUUAGUUAUACAAUAACAAUAUAUAUACAAUAUUAGUCCAUUAAUAGUUCACAGAAGUUACCCGUAAUUUAAUCUUCACUAGUAUAUACGAGUUUUUUCGAUUAACAGGCCAAGUAACUUGUAGAAGACAUUAAUAGAUUUAUUAAUUAUGCAAAAUCUGUUUACACUUUGCAGUAUCAUUGCUUCACUUCCCGUUAACUAUCCAUUUAUAUAAGCUAUUUUCUGUUUGACUAGAAACUAGCUGAGAAUUCUUCGCGAAUUCUUUAAUCUCUCGUCCCUGUACUACUAUACUUUAAUUGGUGUAUGUGAUAAUUUUACGUCCAUAUUUUUUUAUUCUCUUUUCAUUUAAACAUCUAUGU